GUCUGGGGUGAGCGCGGUUCACCCAGUAUAUGUAUAUCUCUAUUGCUUGUGUGGAUGUAUGAUAUGCAUGGUGGAUGAUUGUGGCUAUAGUUUAUUUGAUUAUAAUACGGCCUGCGUGUCGUGCCUUAUCUCUUAAACUCUUGUUGUAAAUCUAUUUCUCUCUUACCUCAACCGAGGAUUCUUUUCUCACGUGGUGGAAGUUCAAUCACACCACUCUCUCCCAGGAGGACACGAAGACAAUUCAUGCGAUGAUUCACAACGCCAAUCUCAAUUGGUGUAAAUUUGUGAUGACUCACAUGUUCACGGCCACCUCCGACAAUCGGCCGCUCCCCUACGCCCUCCUUGUCAUGGCGAUUCUUGAAGAAUAUAACAUCAAAACCGAUGUUGGGCCAAAGAUAAAGGGGACAAAGCAUUGGGAGAUUGAUGAAUCCUCUUUCCACUCGGGCACCGACGAGACUCCGUUUCGACAGCCUCGUCCACGCCGCCAACUGAGAGCCACUGCCUCAGCCGCCACCACUUCGACCAAUCCUUCUCUCGCCGAGCAAAUGGAAGCCUUAACCGCCACUCUCUCUCGGAUUGACACCAACGUCUCCAAAACGGCACACAACGUCAAUACCUUGAGCCGUGAACUUCACGGGUAUUUUGACUUUGUCAAUUACCCAUACGCUCAAAUGGUCCCUUACGUUCCUCCACCGAAUUUCGGAGGUGAACAAAGUGGGACUCAAAACGUUGGUAGAGAUGACGAGGUGGACGAUGAGGAAGAGGAAGAAGAAGAGGAAGAAGAAGAAGAAGAUGAUGAUGAUGAUGGUGAUGGUGAUGCUGAUGAAGAAGAAGAAGAAGACAUUGACGAAGAACAACUUCUCAAUGAUCUUUCCCCGGAUUUCUAGAGCUCUAGCUCUACUUUCUUCUCUUCCUUAUUUUAUCAUCUUUUAAUAUGCUUUCGUUAUGUACUCCGCUAUUUCCCUUAAUUAAUUAAUAAAAAAUCUUUAUGAUCUUUGUUGUUAACAAUCUUUUUGUUAAUGUCAAAAGGGGGAAGAUAAGGGCUAUGCAUAUAUUAAGGGGGAAUUUUUUAAGGGGGAAUUUUUUUCAAAAAGAUCAAAACCCGAUGCAUAUCCCCGUCUUGUUUGCCAUUAUCAAAAAGGGGGAAAUUGUUGGAACACACUUUGUACGAUAAACUAAAGUCGUGUUC